AUGUCACAAACCUUGGAAAAACUCAUAAAAUACGCGGGAACCGCACCACCGGGAAGUUGGAACUGGCUUUUCGGAACAGUUGGCGCGACGAAGCCGAUUGCGCGACGAUGGUCCGCGCUCGCAUCGGGCGGCGUCUGGACGCCGUGCUGUGGCGACUAUGCCGAGCGGCCGCGGCGGCGCCUCCACGCUACUGCGGCACGCGCCCGUCCGCGCUGCCCCGCACCACCGCGACGCAUCCCCCUAGCGCGCCGCACGCCCCGCACUCCUGCCGCGCUACCGCCCGCACGCACGCCGCAUUCUUGCGUUCAGCUCGCCCUCAAGCGCGGAUCCGACCCGCACAAAGAACCUAGACCACUUUGGGGGCGACUACGUCACUUCGACUAUAUCCACGCUUUCUGCAGUACGCCGCUCACUCGCGAAAAGCUACCACCACAUGUUACAUCUGCAAUAUUGCAGAUGUCGUUAACAGUUAUAAACAAACUUCACACCAAUCCUGUACUAAACUAG